GAUGACAAAUUUUAGCUUUACGAGUAUUUUUUUUUUGUGAUAACAAAAAGAUUGGUCACUAGUGAAGGAAGGGCUGCUGCACAUUGCGUAGAAGAUGGAAACACUCGACUCCAUUUUCGAGAAUUCCGCUCGUAGUAACUUCAACAAUAUCGCUAUUACAUUUAACUCUGGCUCAACCAAAGAAGAGUUAACAUACCGAGCAGUCAACGAAAAAGCUUGCAAGGUGGCAGAAUUUCUGAAGACUGUAUGUGAAAAGCAUGAAACAGUGGCAUUGUAUUCCAAACAAUCGAUCGGCUGUGUUGUGUCUAUUCUUGGAGUUCUCAAAAACAAAGGUUGUUUCGCGCCUGUGGAUCUUCAAUGGCUCCCAGAAACGAUGUGUAAUUUCUUGUCGAAUUUAAACGUUAGGCUCGUGCUCGUUGCAAAGGAGCUACUGGGGUCAUUCCAAGAGUGCUUGCGUCAAAGUAAACAUAGUUUAGCAAAAGACUACCAGUUUGAAGUUGAGGAAAAUGUAGCUCUUGGUAUGAAUGGAUUUGUGCUGAUGAGAAAACUGUUAGAUGUUAACUUUGCUGCAGUGAGUGCUGAGUCGCUGGAACUUGCUUAUGUUAUGCAGACAUCUGGUACCACGGGUGAACCCAAAGCUGUGAAAGUCCCUCACAGAUGCAUUGUUCCAAAUGUAACGGAUUUAAGGUGGGUUUCUUGCCAGGUAAGCCUUUGGCUUUAGCUGUAAUGGUACCAGGAAAUAUCCGUAAGUUCAUCCCCUUGUGAAUUAGCCCCGUACAAAUCGGUGUGCGACAAACACAGACUGCAGACUUGCAGACCUGCAGACUUGCAGACUUGCGGACUUGCAGACUCGUUCGGAACUUACGGGGAGGGGGGGGGAUAAUUGCCCCCGCGGAGAUUUCGCCCAGAAGGCGAAAUCCCGAGGAGGCACUCUAGUAACUCGCACGUAUAUUAAGGAAAGUACUUACAGUUGAAAUAUACAGUCAGUAUGCCAGAAAAAAAUUUUGAUUUGCUUGAACAGGGGCUUGUGACAUUUAUUGUGCCGUCAUACUUCGAUACUCUUUUGCGUUACGUGUUAUCAGUGACAUUCUGUGGAGCAGUUGUUUCAGUGAAAGUUAUGGACCAAAAGACACUCGUUAAGUGCAGAUGAAGUUGUAAGGUGCAUACAACCAUGUAUAUAUAAACACUUGGAGAGUUUGCCAGACACGAGUUCACAAAUCUUUGAUUGGAAACCUUACCAGACACUCUUUGUCUCUCUUUGACCGAAAUAAGACUCAGCCCCAAACAAGCAAGACGAGUGAACAAUGGCUAGCUUAUCACCAGCAGAACAAUGGACGAUUACAGAAAUUUGCCGACAAUCAAAUUCUGUGCUGACUUAUUCCCUGCUCAUAGAUGUCCUUCCGCUAUAAAGCCGCUUGAUGAUCCCACCCGUCUUCUUCUUCCCCUUGCUGAAGUUUAGGUCACCGUUCUUCCGAUGUUAAGUCUUCCACGGCAAGCAUUUCCAGUCACCUGUCGAAUCGGGCACUGUUGUGUUUGCAGCCGGCUAGCGCUGUUGUUUGCCUCAGACGUACUUUGCGAUUCGCCAACAGUAAACAGAGGAUGAAUAAAAUUAGCCCAAAGCCCUGUCACAAAAAAUGUAGGUCUGCAAAUCUUCAAGUCUGCAAGUCUGCUAGUCUGCAGGUCUGCAAGUCUGCAAGUCUGCAGUCUGCGUUUGUCGCGCACCGCCUACAAACUCAUCCACCACUUUCAGGGCUUGCAACAUAGUGGACCUAAGACCUUAAAAAAACUGUGUGAAAAUAGCAGUUCCUUACAGGUUCCUUACAAAUACAUGUAAGUUGCUUGUGAGGUAAAAAAGGUCAAACUGGAUCAGUUUGAAAUACUGAACUCUAUCACACUGCAAAAGAUUGGCAAAGUAUAUCAAGUGUGGAACAAUUCAGCUGGAAGGUUGAAAUCAAAGUGAUCUUUGGCAGAAGAUGAGUACAGUAUUUAAAAUUCGAAAGGGUUGAUGGAUGGAUUGUUUAGUUCUCUCUGAACAUUUUAUGGCGGUAACUUUUUAUGGGGCUCAUUAAUUACUCAUGAGAUGACCCAACAGGCCAUUUGCACAAUGGCGUCAUUUUACUACUACGACCAGAAUCCUUUUCUUUUUUCCUUUCAUAUUUAAAUUUUGCAAUCCCAGUGAGGUUUGAAUAAUAAAAGCCCCAAUUAGCACAAGAAAGCAAAACCCUGAAGGAUUCUGGUCGUAGUAGUAAAAUGAUGUCAUCGUGCAAAUGGCCUAUUUCUUGCGGUUCUGACUAGCAAACUCGACACUUGCCUGAAGUUUACUGUCAGUACUGGUGUGUAUUUGUUGUUCUUUAAGCCUGGUAAAUGGCUGAAUAGUAUAGAAAGGCGGUGACUGCUCAUGUCGGUCAACAUCUUUUUCCAGUAAAAACUUAUUGACAAAUAGAAUAGUAUAGUGUGAAGAAAAGAACUCAGAAAAGGAUUCUGAGCUCUACAGUAAAGGCCACAGGAAUUGCGGCAUUUACAUGCAUGUACCGGUAAAUUGCGUGCAUAGUGGGUGAUUUACAUUUAUGUUUUGGUCAUUUUAAUAUGUAAAGUUUUAACAAAAAGAAACUUGUAAACUAAAAGCUUCAGCAAAGAGAAGUGCACGGCUAAAAAAGGAUCAGAUUACACAAGGAGAGACUAUUAGGACGAUUAGGCCAAUUCAUACAGCUGCACCACCUGCAGUGCCAGCCUCCAUGUUGAUGUUAUUUGCAUUGUCUGUAGUUUGACCCAGACCAUUAAUUUUUUGAAAUGACCCAAUUUAAAGUGUCAUGCAGGACAUAUACCCCACUUUAACUAAUUUCUAGAUUGAACAUUGAUAUUAAUACCUUAAAGAUUGACAUAACAAUCAUUGUGGACACUGAAGUACACAUACCUGUUCCACAGGGAAAUAUUUCAACUGGUUUCAGAUGACGUAGUGUACCUUGCUUCUCCCUACACCUUUGAUCCCUCUAUUGUACAGAUGUUUAUGGCAUUUGCUGCUGGAGCCAGACUUGUGAUUGUUCCUGGGCAGGUUAAAAUGGCACCUUCUAAACUUUGUCAAAUCCUUUUUGAUGAGGAAAGAGUGACUAUUUUACAGGUAACACUCUGACAUUUCAAACUAUCUUCUUUUGAACUUAUUCUUGAUAGCGUUUCUCUGCCUAUAUUAUUUUUACUGGCAUUAUAUGUGUUUAGCAUAUAAUACAGACUCUAAUGGCAUAAACUGCACACACUCCGUGAUCUAGCUUGGUGUUUUUAAAAGCAAUGUGAUUGGUUUGCUUUCUCAGACUACAAAUGGUGGUAUCCAUAGAACCAGGUGGAGAAUAUAAAACACAAAAUAAAUUGCUGGUGGGGACUUAGGGCUUUGCCAAGGUUUUAGAGUAAGAACUUUUUAAAAUACAAGUCCUAGUGUGUUGUUUUUGAAAGAAGGAAAAGAUUGUCACUUCAAAGUGUUUAAGCGGCCUGAUAUUUAAAUUGUAAUGUUUAAUUUACCAUUCAAAGAAUUGUUUACAACUAGGAGGAGGACAACACCAUUUUAAUUCAUGAUUUCCUUACUAUAAUGUGAAGUUUACCUAGAAAUCGGAGUUAAUUUAUGAUGGAAGACAAUGAAAGCAAAUACAUAAUUAAAUCUCGUUAAUUUCAUGCAUGGGGUUACAGACUGAACUUACUUUUUUGCUCUCUUUAAAACAACAGCCAACGCCCUCUCUAAUGCAUUUCAUUGGUCAGGACUUGAUUCAGUCUAAGAUCCUUGCUAGCGAUUCAUCUCUCAGAGUGCUUGCCUUUGGAGGAGAAUCCUGCCCAACCCUCUCCACCCUCAGAGCAUGGAGACCACCAGGAAACAAGACACUGAUGUACAAUUUGUAUGGCAUUACUGAGGUGUCCUGUUGGGCUUCUUGCUAUCAUAUUCCUAAUGAUCAGUUGGAAUUUAGGGAAAUAGCAAGUGAAGCAGAUAACAGUAAUUGGAAAGAGAAAAGUCAAGAUGAUUUCCCAGUUGGGAUUGUAAGUGAUGUACCUGUUGGGCUACCACUGUCCAACACUGUGAUUGAAAUCCGAGAUGAAAAUAAUGAACUUAUCAAAGAAGGCAUUGGGCAGAUUUACAUAGGUGAGAUCACUUAUCAAAAUAUGAAUGUUAAUUGCAAGUUUAACAAGUACGACAUAAUACUCUCACUUUGUGUCUGUCUCCUUAGCAAGUUGUCCAUCUUAUAAAUAGAGAGUGAAAGUACACUGUAGAUGUCUGUUUUUAUGUUUUCCCUUUUUUAUAACUCAAAUGAUUUGCUUUGGAUAGCCUCUCAAAAUUCACAGCACACUAUAUUACCAUAGUUGGAUACAUACAUACAUACAUACCCUAACUCCAUAUGAUUGAAGCCACUUUUGAAGUAUUGUGCAACACUGCACUUUAAAUUGUAAAAGUGGGCUGGGUUAAUCAGCCUUUGCACGCUACAUUUUGACUAACUAACGCUCUUGUCUUUUUUCAGUAAUAGGUAAAAUAAUAUAGCACUGAAUUCCAUAUAUCUUCAAUAUUGAAUCAAGUCUGUGGUGGGAUCAUGAAAAUGCCCAAACAAACUUUUAACGCUUCAAAAUGCAUGUACAUGUAUGAGCUUGUUUAUCAGAUUAGAACUGAAUCAAAAUAAUAUGAUGUUGUGUUACUGUAACUGUAUUGCAGGUGGUCCAGACCGUGUUUGUCUCCUUGGUGAUGAAACUUCACACACUGCAGAAACCAAGCGUAAAACAGGAGACUGGGCGUAUGUGAAAAACCACCAUGUCUGGUUUUGUGGACGCAGAGACCGACAAAUAAAGCGCAUGGGAAAGAGAAUAAACCUAGACUGGACUGAGCAUGAAAUUGCCGAAAAAUGUCUUGGUAGUGAGUGUUCUCUGGUUUUAGACAAAUCAGGUGGCAUAAGUCAAUCAAGAAUUCACUUAUUUGUGGUCAGUGAAUCUUUGUCGUAUAACAGCAAGAAACUUACAUCACUAAGAAGUAAUCUGCAUAACCUGUUACCGGUUUAUGCUCAACCUGAUUUUGUUCAAAUAGUGCCUCAACUGCCAAUGACAGCUCAUGGAAAGACUGACCGCGAUGCGCUUUUAAGGAGUGUUCAGAAAUCCUUAACUCACAAAGAUAUAAGAACUAUCAGAGAAUUACUUCAAAGUUCUUGGAAAGAGUGUUUACAAGUGACCAAGACCAGAAGAACAGAUUCUGACAAAGAUGAAUUGUUCCAGAAUGAUCCUGCUAUGAAAUUAAGCGCUUGGGAUGUAAAGGAAGAUGAUCUGUUUAUUGCCAGCGGUGGAACAUCCCUAGAGGCUGUGCGAUUGGCAGAUCUUAUUGAAUCAUGGAUAUCCAAUCAAGUAAAGACCCCUGUUAACUUUCCAGAAUUACUGGAUGUUAUUUUGAGCCAAUCAUUUGGCGCCCUUUGUGGCUACGUGGAGAGUGCAUUAAAUGGCCAAAAUGGAAUUGAUUUGGGCAGUAUUAAGGGGACAACCAUGGUAUAUGAAGAAGAAGGUUAUAAUGAUGAGAUUUUCUCUGAUUUAAAUUCUGGCAAAGAUACCAUGAAACUUCCAUUGAAGAGGAAAGUGUUAUCUUCAGUUGAUGUUGCUUCUCCGAAAGAUGAAGUGGAUGUUAAGUCGAAGAGGUUAUCAACUGCAGAGAGAAAGAGCAACUCAGUCGAAAGUGGAACAAACAAUUCAGAGUUGAAAACUUGUUUCUGCUCUGUACGCAGAGGAAACCAGUGGACUGUUUGCGCGUUUUGCACUUUAUCAAGACCAUUUGCAACCAGUGAUAUCACCAGUCAAACAGACUCCUUUGCACCCAAUGAAAGUCACCUUCAUUAUUUCUCUGCAUCUGGUGAUGUAUCUACCGAUAAGAAUCAGACCCUCCCCUCCCCUGAAGACGUGAAUGCUCCUGGUAACCAGGUCACUGUCACUUGUCAGUGGCGCACAUGUCUAUACAAAUGCAUUGAUGCCUCCCCUCUUGUGGUGAACUCUCCAGGGGGGUGCGAGGGUGAAGUUUUCAUUGGGUCACAUGGUAAAGUGUUCAUGUGUAUUAGACUCAGUGACGGUGAAGUCCUGUGGGAGAGAAGUGUGGGGGACAGAAUAGAAUCAUCUGCAGCAAUUUCUGCAUGUGGCACUUAUGUCAUUGUAGGUGAGGUAUUUUUGUUAUCGCAGGGAGACCGUACAUAUUGACCCAAUCUUGGAAGAGCUAACAUCUUUCAUUUUUGAAUAUUUGAAAGAAGUGGCAUCUCAACAAAGAGCCUUAGAAAUAUGAAUUCUUUGAAGACGAAGCAUCAGUUCCGAGUAUCCUACCUCAGAUAGACUUCAAAACCGUCGGCGAAGCGCUGGCGUGAUAUUAGAGAGGUUAAACAUCACGAUUACGUCAAACGGUAAACGCGAAUUUGUGCCACGUGACCAAGUUUCCCGUUUACUUGUCGUUUGCAGUUCAUUAUCUCUACACAUAAACAAGUAGUUUCACGCACUUUUUUUCCUAAAGAAUUGUUUAUCUGCUCAUGUUCUAUUCUGAGAAAUUCUCAACUUGAAUUUGACGUUUGCCGUGCACGUGAAGCUUAAAAACACUAUUUUCGCCUGAAGCACGUGGCUCCCCCCUCACCCCAGACCUUCCCUUUGACCGCUCGUGCGCGCGUUCUUAACCUAGGCGAAAAUACGGGCUGUUUUGCAGCCCGCGUCCCACAUAAAACACUAGCAAAAGUUAAAUUAAGUAAUUUGAGACAAAAAGGGUGGAAAGAAACCUCUGACAUUCUUGAAGACAGCUGCCAAUGUUUUUCAUUUACAAUGUAGUCUAAAAAAGAUGAGUGCGUGGCAUCAAAGAUAAUGCAGAUCACGCCAGGAAAAAGAUUUCAAAUUGCUGCCAAUGUUUUACAUUUACAAUGUAGUAUAAAAAAUGAAGGCAUAGCAUCAUAAGUAAUGCAGAUCACGCCAGGAAAAAGAUUUCAAAUUUUAUUGCGCCUUGCGUCCUAAUUCUAGGCGAAAUCAGGACUACUUCAACGUACUUUUUACUUUUGAAAGGUGCCCCUUAGGUACUGUUCCUUUCCUUAGAACUUAAGUUGUUUUGCCUUUUAACAUGUUUUCUUUUGUUUUGUGGUUUUUGUAGGUUGUUACGACGGCAAAGUCUAUGUAUUUAACCGCUUUACUGGUGACACGCAUUGGACAUUUCAAACUGAUGCAACAGUAAAAAGUUCACCUUGUAUAGACUCACAGACAGGGUUGGCCUGGGUUGGGUCACAUGAUCAUCACCUGUACGGCCUCGACAUCAAGCGUAAGCAGUGUGUCUGUGCAUUGCACUGUGGUGGUGGAUCAUGCUUUAGCUCUCCUUGCAUUAGCCAUGAGCCUCACUUAGUUUUUAUUUCUACAUUGACUGGCCGUGUUGUUGCUGUUGAUGCCGAUGAGCAUACUGUCGUUUGGAGUCAGCAGUGUCCCAAACCAGUGUUUGCAUCACCUCUAUUGAUCCCCUGUGGCGUUGUGUGCGCAUGCGUUGAUGGGCUUGUUUAUUGUUUUGAUUUUCAAGGAAGAGAGAUGUGGCGCUUUGAAACUGGCGCCCCUGUUUUUUGUUCCCCGGCUUACACUAGAACAGAAUGGGAUUCUGACAUUCCUGGGUAUAUCGUGUUUGGAUCUCAUGAUAAAUGCGUGUACUGUUUAUCAGUUGAUGGAAAGAUGCAGUGGAGUUUUACAGCUGAUGGACAAGUCUACUCAAGUCCUUUCGUUACUCAAUUGAAUUUCAAGCGUCAGACAGGCUGUCACUCAACAUGUCGUGAGACAUGUAAAACGCGUCACACAAGUCACGCAAAAAUGGCAGUGUUUGUGUUGUCCACUGUGGGAACCCUGUUUAUACUGGAACUCAAGUCUGGUAUUCUUUUAGGUUCUUACUCUUUUCCUUGUGAAGUAUUUUCAUCUCCAGUUGUUACUAAUCAGCGAGUACUUCUUGGGUGUAGAAGUAAUUAUAUUUACUCCCUAAAAGUGAAUCAAACCGCGGGUGACUACACUCAGGUGUCACAGUCAUUUCCUCGUCUUUAG